AGCUGAGGAAGCAGGAGGAGACGGGCCAGCUUGUCCAGCCCGUGCUCUUCGUCCUGCUGGUGCUGCUGUCUGUGCUGCUGUACUUCGCGGUCUCUCUGAUGGACCCGGGUUUCAUCCUGUCUGAUGACACGGACUUGCAGUUCAUGCUGGGAGUGACUGAGGAGCAGCAGGACAUGAUUCCUCCUGCCACCAAAUCCCUGAGACAGCGCCGUUGUGGCCACUGUCUGCUUCAGCAGCAGCCAAUGAGAUCAAAGCACUGCCAGACGUGUCAGCACUGCGUCCGGCGUUAUGACCAUCACUGUCCCUGGAUUGAGAACUGCGUUGGUGAGAGGAACCACCGCUGGUUUGUGUUUUACCUGGCCUUCCAGCUGCUAGUGCUUCUAUGGGGCCUGCGCAUUGCCUGGACGGGUUUCACCUACGUACCCAUCUGGCACCAGUGGCUGCGUACAAAUGGAGUCCUGACGGCCGUGACCAUGCUGCUAGCGCUGCUCUCGCUCAUCGUACUGUUGCUGCUUGGCUCCCAUCUAUACCUGGUUUCUCUCAACACAACCACGUGGGAGUUCAUGUCGCGCCACCGCAUCUCCUACCUCAAACACUGCGGUGCAGAUGAGAACCCCUUUGACCGCGGGACAUUCCAAAACCUUUGGGGUUUCUUCUGCAUCUGGGGCACAGUGGUGUGGGAGCAUGUGUACUUCAAGGAGGGCAGCGAUCAGGUUUAGGUACAUUUCAGUGAUGAACAGCCUCUCUGGAUCUGGGAUUACACACCAAAUAGGAGGAUAAACUGUGCUUGUGACCGGUUCCCUUUAUAUAGGCAUUUGUGUUGUUGUGCCAUAACUGUGGAGCGUUUCCCUCCUUCUCAUCCUCUCAGUCGUUCUUUAUUGCAAUUGAUUGCCUGCAUUUCCUGUUUUUUUUUUUACCUCAAUGCAGUCGUAGUGAAAUAUGUGGGAGCUUUCAAAUAGUCAGUUUUGGUUAGGAAGUUUUCUAAUGAGUAAAGUGAUACAGGUGCAUGACAGCUAUAAUAAAAGCAUUUCAAAUUCUGGUCUAAAGACCUUAUGUUAAGGUCUACAGCAAGAGAAAUAAGAGCUAUAAUAAUUGACUUAAUUAAGUAUAAUGCACACUUCACCUUUGGAAUGUUUGUUGUUUAUCAUGGAAUUAAUUUUUACUUAAGGUCAGCUAGAAUACAUGAUGGAUGGAGGAAAUUUUACUUCAGUCAUGGAAAUCAAGGACUUAAAUGAAAUAAAUCAUUUUCCUGCUCAUGUGUCUUACGGGCUAUGGGGCAGGGCAAAUUAGCAUGAUGCCCUAAUGAUCAUGAUCUAAUAAUAGUGCACUAAUUUAAUGAAAUUUAAAGAUGCAGCCGAUUCAUUUCAAUAAUAAUCAAUAUGCUGCCAAGAGCAGAACAAAUGAGCAGCUCAAAAACAGCAGAACCGGUGAGAAACCCAACGAGGAUUGUGCGAACCAACGCAGGUCUUAGAAAUAGAAAAUGGAGAAUGCGAGGUUCAAAGGUCUGAGACACAGCUGGAGCUCAGGAUUUAGCCAGCAUUUUUCAAACAGCUGUAUGACCUGUAAGAUGUGUAGAAGGUAAACAAAAGCAUCAGAUCUUGAGCCUCGCACACGUUCGUGAAAAUACAGCUACUAUGCCUACAUGCUUAUGAGCAUUGCUCAUUGUUGGUCUGUGCAGACUCCAGAGGAAGGACAGUUCAGCCAAGUUUCAGUAUUAUUGAGCAGAACACUCAGGGACAGGACUAUUGCUAUUUUUUUAUGACCUUCAUGAAACAUCACAGUAAGAACACGCUAAUAAGGUGGGCAUUUUGCCGUCCAUUGUCUCGAUGCUGUAAUUUCAACACAGUAGACAUCGAGUUGGUUAGAAUCUCAGCACACAGGCUUCUUUUCCCAACUUAAACAUUUUGACCUCGAUGGAGAACAUCACCAGGUCGGGAACAGGAAAUAGGAGUCAUUUUUAGGACAAUUUGAACAUAGUGUGUGUUUCCAGAAUGAGGCUGCUCCUCUUAAUAACUGGUAACCAGCACUGCGGCCUUCCUCCUUAUUGUUUACACAUCAAGUUCAUAAUUUCCUUCAAAACAAGCAACUCUCUACAUUGUCUUCAGGCAUUUUACACACCUGAGUGAAUCCGGUUAAGCUAGGACUUUACUCACCCAAAUACCCUCAGUCCUGCCUCUUCCACAAAAUCAUUUAAGUAACAAGUGAUGUUUGUUGACAAUAACCUGACUGUUCACCCUCAAUUCACAUCAAUCAUUACAUUCAAAAUUUGAGUAACAAUUACUUUAGUGUAGUGGGUUCCAUUCUCUUGUUGUCUCGUAUGAUGAAUGCUGUGCCUGUUUUACAGGAUUCACCUUCUCCAGCAGCUUUUGUCACUAAAGUAGGUUAGUCCAAGUGAGUGUGUUUGAAAUAUGAACUGUAUUGUUCCUGGCAAUUAUUCCAUACAUGUACACGAUAUUUAGACCUGUUACAGUGUCUCAAGUUGUUUAAAAUUGUACAUAUUUUUUAAACUAUUUUGGAGCAGAAAAUGUCUUUAGAUUUUUGUAAAACUAUUUUAACAGGGACUUGAAUGAUACAGUGGAACACUGGUUAUUAGCUAAAAGGUUUGAGUGCAAUAUGUUUCCAUUUAAGGUUUUCCUUGUGCAAUAGUAACCUUGUAAGACAGCAAUAAAUGUUUGUGUUUGA